GUAAACAGUAAACUUGCGUCAAAGAAAAAAGGUAAAACAGUAAACAGUGGAGCUGUUAAUCCGUCAUCCAAUAGAUAAAUAUCGUGCGUUUUUUACGGUAUUCGCAAACACACUCAGCAGCGAGCACAGCGCAGUCGAGCCACGGCGUUUUUCACUGAGAACGAUAUACGAAGAUGGGCCGGCCGCGUUGCUUUCUUGACAUCAGCAUCGGAGGGGAGCUGGAAGGGAGGAUAGUGGUGGAGCUUUACAACGACGUCGUCCCUAAAACAGCUGAAAAUUUUAGGGCUCUUUGUACCGGCGAGAAGGGUAUUGGACCUAACACCGGUGUCCCUCUCCAUUACAAGGGAGUCUGUUUUCAUCGGGUUAUUAAGAGUUUCAUGGUACAAGGUGGUGACAUAUCUGCAGGGGAUGGGACUGGUGGAGAGUCCAUUUAUGGACUGAAAUUCGAAGAUGAAAAUUUUGAGUUGAAACACGAAAGGAAGGGGAUGUUAUCAAUGGCCAAUGCUGGACCUAACACUAAUGGCUCUCAGUUUUUCAUCACCACCACUUGUACUCCUCAUCUUGAUGGAAAGCAUGUUGUGUUCGGAAAGGUAAUCAAAGGAACAGGGGUUCUUCGGUCUAUGGAGCAUGUUCAGACAGGUGAAAAUGAUUGCCCAGUUGAUGAUGUUAUAAUCUCGGACUGUGGAGAAAUACCAGAGGGGGAAGAUGAUGGAAUUGCAAACUUUUUCAAAGAUGGUGAUAUGUAUGCCGAUUGGCCAGUUGACCUUGACAACCAGCCUGAUGAGCUCUCUUGGUGGGAGAGUGCUGUAGAGUCAAUCAAAGCGUUUGGUAAUGAUCACUUUAAGAAACAAGACUACAAUAUGGCUCUUAAGAAAUAUCGAAAGGCUUUGCGGUAUUUGGAUGUCUGCUGGGAGAAGGAAGGGAUAGAUGAAGAUCAGAGUUCAUACAUGAGAAAGAUGAAGUCACAGAUUUUCGCCAAUAGUUCUGCUUGCAAACUGAAACUAGGAGAUAUAAGGGGAGCACUCUUAGAUGCUGACUUUGCAAUGCGUGAAGGAGAGAACAAUGCUAAAGCACUCUUUCGCCAGGGUCAGGCACACCUUGCUCUUAACGAUAUAGAUUCUGCCGUUGAAAGCUUCAAGAAAGCACUGGAGUUGGAGCCAAAUGAUGCUGGUAUUAAAAAGGAGCUUGCUGUAGCAAAGAAAAAGAUUGCUGAUAGACGUGAGCAGGAGAAAAGAGCAUACUCCAAGUUGUUUGGAUAACAUUUGAAUCAUGAGGUUAUUGUAAAGAGAGGAGCAAUGGUAGAGACUGCCAUCUGCGUUAUUGCAGAGAUCAAACCAAGACUGCAUUUGACUAAUGACACCUUUUUUUACCAUAGCAUUUCAACUGAUCUGUCUUGUAGUUAUGUUUGUCACAAUUGUUGGGCCAUGGUUUAAUUAAAAGUACCAAUCGUGCCUUCUAAGAUAGGUGUCCUGCUUGUUGAACAUUUUGGGUACAAUUUUUUUAACAUGUGCUAUUUUGGAAGGAAUAUUUCCUAAUAUGAAGUCACAUUUUGUACCAUCUUUGGUAGGAGUUUUUUUUUUCAUUCACUUCAGUAAUAAGUAUAACUAGUU